AUGGCAGGAAGGGCACGCUUCUCCCUAGUCACUGGAUGCGGGCAAGGAGGCAUGGGAGAAGCCCUUGUCAGGGAGUUUACGAAACAGAACGUCCGGCCUAUCGCCACUCUUGUGCCUAACGAGCCGACUGAACAUCUUGACCAGGGAGGACUCCGUGAUGGGUUGAAGAAGCAUGUAUAUGCAGUCACAGGUGGUGAUCUGGACAUACUAGUUAACAAUGCGUAA